CUAAUACCAUUUCGCGAAAGUAUAACAAAGGGAAUCUAUCACUCUCAUCUAUUAGUUACCUCAGCCAGUCCAACCGGUAACAGUUGGACAUUUCGCAAAGGCACACGAGCACUAAGAGUUGCACAAGAUGGUGCUACACAUGCUGGCGAUCUUUGGAAGGGAGACGGCACAUCCCCCAACCCUAAUUGAGUCCGAGGAGGCGCUGAAGAAGACUCAUCAGCCCCUGCUCAGCGAUGAAGAGCGGCAAGCUGAAGAGGAGCUAUGCGCAAAGCUUAUAGACGCCGCUUUUAACGCGGCCAAGCCCAGCACCCGACACAAGCAGCUGAUGGGUAAAGGCAGCGGUUACCUUUGGGAGGCCUCGCCCUACUGCAGCUACGCGGAACGCGAUGGCGUGCACGUUGUGUUCACGGGGGAGGUCAGCGAGUGGCCGGGUGGCGUGAACGCCGUGUCGGCCGCACAUGAUGCCUUCGUACGCAACGAGCCGCCCCUGGAGGAGAACGACGCGCACUGGCUGCUCGACUUCUACAGCACCUUUGGCAAGCCCAGCUCCUCCAACACCACCGACAGGGCGCUGGAGUGCAUGGCGCAGAUCAAGGGCAGCUUCGCAUUCGUCAUCUACGACUCCGUACAGCACCGUGUGCUCGCCGCUCGUGACCCCGAGGGCAGUCAGCCGCUGUUCUGGGGCUGCACCGACUCGGGUCAGCUCAUGUUCGGGUCGCUAGCGGAGGAUCUGCAGGGCUGCAACCCCACCGCGGCGCCCUUCCCCGCAGGCACGCUGUUCGCUAGCGAGCGCCACACCGUGGCCUACAGCCCGGGCGACUACGGCUGGGUGAUCGUGGACGACGACUUCCCCGGUCUCAUCAUGUCCUUCGUCAAGGCCGCCAAGCAGGGAGAGCCCGGAUGGCGGGGAGUCAAGGCCAUCCCGCGUGUCACCAGCAAGGGUGUUGUGUGCGGGGCUGUGUACAAGGUCGCCAGCGCGCAGGACAUGAAUGGAGAGGCGUGCUGAUGACUAGGAGGAGGCAGCUGUGGAGAGGAGGAGGAGGAGGAGGCUGUGGAAGGCUAGGGAAAGGGCGGUUGUCGGCUGUUGGGGCGGGGGCCGCCGCGGUUGAGGUGGAGUUGAGGUAUUGAAGGUGGCCGUGAGGAGGAAGAGGAGGAUCCAAGAUUUAGAUCAGCAAGGGGUGGUUGCAGUGUGGUUGAAGGUGGUUGCAGUGUGGAGUGUUUGUUGUGUGGAGUGCAAAGUGUGGAGUGCUGCUUUGCGAGUGCAAGCCAAACCGGCUCCGUGUGUGUGUGUAUGCGUGGUAGGGUUCGUCUGCGUGUCGUCGGGUGUGCGUGUGUGUUGUUGUGCAUGUAUGUGUGCGCACGUAUGUCCGUUGCCAUGCAGAUAUAAACUGCAAACCAAUUCCAUAUGCUGUUGGAGUAUUGUGUUGUCGUUGUUGUAACUGCGGUCUUUGCCUUCUCGCGUCUGUUGGGCGCAUAGUGUUCUUCACCAUCAUCGGGCCUAUUGAACCAAUGUUGGUUGGCGGGUAUAAUCGACGAGGCGUCUGUAGAGUAAAGGGAGUUCUUGCGCUUGUUCCUUGCAUUAAGGCUACGAGCUAUACGAGCUUUGGCAAAGAAUAAUAAUAAAAAUAAUAACAGGGAUGUUGAGAGCAGCUUACCCGUGGAUGCUGUUAAGUUCGCGGGACAUCUUUGCUUGCCUCGGGCGCCUCGAUUGCCGCGCUCUGGGAAGUGCCGCUGAAAACGGCCCAUCUGCCUACACCUCCUCAAGAUAAUCUAUGUAAUGCUCUGCCCGGUGCCCAGCGCACCAAUCAUA